AUGAUCGAUCGUGCCGCUGCAAUGAGUACCAACUGCAAUAUCAGUGACUCCUUGACUCUCGGAUUGAAACCAUAUGUUGAGAGUGCUGAUAACAAACAAGCGGGCAUUCAAAACACUGAACUCUUACAAUCACUUUUUGCUCAAUCUUGCUUCAACGGAGAAUUCCGUUUCACGCGCGGCAAGUGGCCAAUUGACUCAUUGUUAUUUAAUUCCACGCAUAGUAAUUUUGUCAUUCGCGGUUCUGGAGCUCACCUGGUUCAAACUGGUAGUGGUAAUUUUAUCAGAAUCAGAGGCGUGACAACAUCUAUGACAAACUUCUUGAUAAAGGAAUUAAUCUUGGAGGGAACUAGUUCUGGGUCCGUUAUUUAUCUUGCCGCAUGUCAGUCAUCGACUAUCGAUAGUAUCACCACUAUUGGCGGUACUUAUGGUAUAUUCUUGGAGCAAGCUUUGUUCGAUAUUCGUGUUCGAAAUAGUUACGUCUAUGGGGCCUCUGAAGUCGGAAUAUUUGUUGGCCCAAGUGGUCCCAUUCAAGGUGCAAAUGGGACAAUAACCAAUGUUGAAAUCUUUAUCGAUGAAACACGCGUACACGGAUGCAAAACUGUCAGCUGUUGUAAUAUCAACGACGGUUCUUGUCGUCGGCCGGAAUUUGCAUAUCGUACUCUCUAUGGCAUAUUGAUCGAAGGUGGAAAUUCUGGAGUUUAUAUUGCUCGAGUGUCAAUGGCCUGGACUCGUCGCAGCGGAUUCGCCUUCAACUCGGGUAACCAGUUGAUGCCGUCAGAAUGGGUAUUUAUUCGGCAAAGUUUGGUCGAUUCCGUGCGCAAAUACGAUGAUAGUGACUUUCCAAGAGGUUAUGAAAUUGAAUCGGCUGCCGAUGUGUCGCUGUCGGACAAUUGGGCUGGCUCAGUUGAAGGUGACGGUGUUUACAUCAAUACUUUAACUCGAGAUGCAAACAGCUUCUUGAAACUCACAGAUUUUCGUAUCAUUAAUUGUUUGGGAAAUGCUUUCUACUUCACUGGAAAUAGUCUCAACACAGUGGUCAUGGUAGGCAACAACAUGAUGUCGAAAAAUGGAAACAACGGUAUUGGUGGCAACACCAGCGCCAUACAACUACACAAAGUUUCAGCAAGUAUCCCGGGUUAA